AUGGCCCAAACCGAACUCGACCCCAAGUAUGACCAGUUCGACUACCCGACUGUCGCCCCGACGGCCCAGCCCGGUCACCCUGGCCACCUCACCGAGGAGCAGAAGGCUCAGGUCGCCCAGCUGCGUCUGAUGCUCGAGUCUGAGGGCUACUCUAAGCGUCUCGAUACCCUGACUCUGCUGCGUUUCCUGCGCGCCCGCAAGUUCGAUGUCAACCUCUCCAAGCAGAUGUUCGUCGAGUUCGAGACCUGGCGUAAAACGACCAACCUGGACGACACCAUUGCCGGCUGGGACUACCCCGAGAAGGCCGACAUCUUCAAGUACUACCCCCAGUACUACCACAAGACCGACAAGGAUGGCCGUCCCGUCUACAUCGAGCACUACGGUGGCAUCGACUUGACCGCCAUGUACAAGAUCACCACGGCCGAGCGCAUGUUGACCAACCUUGCUGUCGAGUACGAGAAGUGCGCCGACCCCCGCUUCCCCGCCUGCUCCCGCAAGUACAACCACCUUGUCGAGACCUGCUGCACAAUCAUGGAUAUGAAGGGAGUUCCCAUCACUCGCCUGCCCCAGGUCUACGACUACGUCAAGAAGGCCUCCGUCAUCUCCCAGAACUACUACCCCGAGCGUCUCGGAAAGCUCUACAUCAUCAACGCUCCCUGGGGAUUCUCCACCGCCUGGAGUGUUAUCAAGGGCUGGCUCGACCCCGUCACCGUCUCCAAGAUCAACAUCCUCGGCGGUGGCUACCAGAAGGAGCUCCUCAACCAGAUCCCGCCCGAGAACCUGCCCAAGUCUUUGGGUGGUAAGUGCGAGUGCCAGGGCGGCUGCGAGUGGAGCGACGCCGGCCCGUGGCAAGAGAAGGAGUUCACGAACGAGCCCUGGUGGGCCAAGCCCAAGGCCGCUGGCGACGUCAUCGAGAACAAGGGCGGCGAGACCGUCACCGCCCCCGCUGGCGGCGCGGCCCCCGCCGGCACCGCCGUCACCACUGACGGUGCUGCCGACCCCGCCAAGGCCCCUGCUGCGGCAUAA